GUGUUCAGUGCAUUGAACAAGGCAUGGUGCACCAAUCAUUUUGCCUGCUACAUCUGCGACCGCAAGAUGAGUCAAAAGUAAGUGAAAGUUGUUGCAUCACUAAAAGUUAUCCCAUUUUGUUCCUAGAUUUAUCAUUUCUCAUUAAUAAAUAUUCUAGAACAAAUUGGACUUCUUUACCAGGUGCCAAUGCAUUUGUGCAAAUGAAUUUUCAGCUGGGUGAAAAUGGAUUUUCAGCUGGGUGCAAAUGGAUUUUCAACUGGGUGCAAAUGGAUUUUCAACUGGGUGCAAAUGGAUUUUCAACUGGGUGCAAAUGGAUUUUCAACUGGUUGCAAAUGGAUUUUCAGCUGGUUGUAAAUGGAUUUUCAACUGCGUGCAAAUCAAUGUUGAGAGCUGGAAAAUCUUCUGUGGCUUGUCUGUGUACAUUCUCUCUUCAACCUGAAAUGCACUGAUGGAAACUUCUAAAAAUAAAAAAUACAUAAAGUUACAGAAAUUAACACAUAUGGCACUUAGUGGGUCCUCUUGUCUCACAUACACCACUGUACUCUUAUGCAGAUCUUUACCUUAUCUCCUACUUGACAGAAGACCCUCAAUGUAUUUACAAACAACAAACGCAUCCUGGUUGUCGUGGCAUUUAAAAU